GUUUUGUGGUGCCGCUGCAAGAUGAGCCGAUUUCUGAAUGUGCUCCGUAGCUGGCUAGUUAUGGUGUCCAUCAUUGCCAUGGGGAACACAGUGCAAAGCUUCAGAGAUCACAGCUUCCUCUCUGAGAAACUGUACACUGGCAAACCAAGCCUUGUAAAUGGCCUCCAGGCUCGGACCUUUGGUAUCUGGACCCUGCUGUCAUCUGUGAUUCGCUGCUACUGUGCCAUUGAUAUCCGCAACAAGACCCUCUAUAACAUCACACUUUUGACCUUCUUCAUUGCCCUGGGCCACUUUCUCUCUGAAGUCUUUAUCUACGGCACAGCAGCUAUAACAAUUGGUGUCCUGGCACCGCUCAUGGUGGCAAGUUUCUCCAUACUAGGCAUGCUUAUUGGGCUGCAAUACCUGGAAGUGGAAGCAGCAUCACAGAACAAGAAACGGAACUGAAGCUAUGGCUGCAGUACAUGUUGCAUCUGCCUCCCAGCCAUCUUCAAGAGUCCAUGAUCUUCGAGCGUUACAUUCCUGACUUUUUCUCCUCCCUGUGUAGUCUAACAACCAGUCA